AUGACAUACGUCGGCUUUGUGACCAGUUUGUGCCGCCGUUUCAAAUUGAGAUCAUCAACUAAAGACCAGUUCUGGCGUUUAAUUUUCAUUUGCGGAGCAAAAUCACCCACUCAAUCGGACCUGGAUACCAGAUUGCUGACGAAGCUUGAUCAGGAGCCCAGCACAACUCCACAACAUUUGAUUGGCAAGUGUGAACAUUUGGUCAGUCUGAAAAAUGACGCUGCUGUGAUUCGACAGUCCGAUCGUCCGCCUCAAGCAGUCAACAAAUUUUUGACGCACAAACAAGUUCCAUCAAAAUGA